GGCAUCAAUCAUGUCCCGAUAAAAAGCAAAACUGGCGAUGGCGAUGGCGACGGCGAUGGACGCGCUGGGAGGAUACGCUGCGGCGGGCGGCGCCCGUGACGAGGAUGCGCUGCCCAUGUUCGAGGUGCAGCGCGUCCAGAUGAAGUUCGACGUAUCGGCCGACUUCGUGGCUGCGCAGGUCGCCAACAAUGUGCUGGUGCUGGCCCUUUCCACCGGCCGUCUGCUGCGCUUCGACCUCGACAACGCCGCCGACAUCGACGACAUCGACCUGCCCAAGCGGCCUGCCGAGAUUGGCGUCAUUCGCAAGCUGUUCAUCGAUCCCUCCGCCUCACACCUGCUCAUCUCCACCACCCUCGGCGAGAACUACUAUCUGCACGUGCAGUCGCGUCAGCCCAAGCCGCUGAGCAAGCUGAAGGGCGUGCAGAUUGAGAGUGUUGCCUGGAACGCCUCGACGCCAACCUCGUCCACGCGAGAGAUCCUCCUCGGCACGACGGACGGGAACAUCUACGAGACAUACAUCGAGCCUAGCACCGAGUUUUACCGCAGCUCUGAAAAGUACCUGCGGAAUGUCUACAAUCCGCAGGAUGGCGCUGUUGUCGGCCUGUACGCCGAUGUGCUGGUGCAGAAGCCCGAGACCCGCAGAGUGCUGGUUGCGACACAGCACAAGCUGCUGCACUUUGUCGGCAGGACCGGGGGACGGGGCUACGAGUCGGGAGGGUCUAUAUAUGCAAAAUUGUUCGAGAGCGAGACGCCAAAUGAGUAUACGGUCAGUCAUGCUGGAGGCAAUGCGCCUGCGUGCCUCGCCACUUCGCCAGACCCUCCAGAGGGAGGCCAUGCCAGCUCAGACCGCCACGAUGCCGACUGCGCAUAUGCCUGGCUCAACGCCCAGGGAAUUUAUCAUGGCACUUUGAUUACAGAGGUACCAGAUCUUGUCACUCUUGGCAAACAGGUCUUCCGCGAAUCAAAGCUUUUCCCACAAUCCAAGCUGCCGCCUGUACAAGCAGCAAGUGGCCGCAAUCGUGCCACGCAGCCUCAUAUGUCGUCGAUGGUCUUGACACAGUUCCACAUGAUAGCUCUUGUAGAAGGGAGAUUGACUGCGAUCAAUCGACUGGAUGAGUCUAUCGUAUAUAACCAGCAGAUACUGGAGAGCGGGCAGAACAGCCUUGGUUUGUUUGCUGAUCACCAGAAGAACACGUACUGGCUGUUCACGCCCCAAGAGAUAUUCGAAAUUGUCGUCAAUGACGAAGCAAGAGAUGUUUGGAAGAUCAUGCUACAGCAGGGACAGUACGAGACCGCACAGCAGUAUGCCAAGACAACAGAGCAAAAGGAUGCCGUCGCAACAAUGACUGGCGACCACCUCAUAUCACAAGGCAAGUUUGCAGAAGCUGCCACAAUCCUUGGCAAGAGUACGAAGGCCUUCGAGGAUGUGGCGCUCAGCUUCAUUGACAAGGGUGAGCAUGACGCUUUGCGCAAGUACCUGCUUGUCAAGCUUUCGACCUUGAAGAGAAGCAAUGUGAUGCAGCGCAUCAUGCUGGCAAGCUGGAUGGUGGAGCUUUACAUGGCCAAGCUCAAUCAGCUUGAUGAUACCAUUUCCACCAAAGCGGAUUUGACGGCCAGUGGCACUGGCACCACUGCUGGGGACACACAAAAGCAACUUCCUGCCGUACGAAAGGAGUAUCAGGACUUCGUCAACAAGUACAAGUCGGAUCUCGACCGCAAAACCAUAUAUGAAAUCAUCAGUGCUCAUGGGCGAGAGGAGGAGCUGCUCUACUUUGCUAAUGUGGUUGAAGACUACAAUUACGUACUCUCAUAUUGGAUCAACAGAGAACGUUGGCCAGAAGCAAUGACUGUUCUCACAAAGCAAACAGAUCCGGAGAUGUUCUAUCGUUAUAGCACUGUGCUCAUGUCACAUGUGGCUGGGGACUUGAUACAAGUGCUAAUGCGCCAGUCGGCACUAGACACCAAGAAGAUGAUCCCAGCCCUCCUCAACUACAACAAAGUCCAUGGCAGCAAUGUGAUUCUCAGCCAAAAUCAAGCAGUUCGCUAUCUGCAAUUCUGCAUCAAUCACACCCACACGUCCGAGCCAGCAGUACACAAUACUCUAAUCUCGAUAUACGCUGCGCACCCCACCCAAGACGAAACCGCACUUCUCCAAUACCUCAAAUCACAGUCGCAAAAUCACGAACAGUUCUACGAUGCCGACUUUGCUCUUCGACUCUGCAUAGCCCACAAGCGUGUGCAAUCAGCUGUGCACGUCUACACGACAAUGCAACAGUACGCAUCUGCCGUCGAUCUCGCCCUCAAAUACGACGAAGUCGAACUCGCUGCCGCCGUCGCCGAUCGUCCGGACAACGACGCCAUCCUGCGCAAAAAGCUGUGGCUGAAAGUCGCCAAGAAAGUCAUUGGUCAGAACAAAAGCAUCAAGUCUGCCAUUGAGUUUCUCAAAGGUUGCGAAUUGCUCCGGAUCGAGGACUUGAUCCCCUUCUUCCCGGAUUUCGUCAUCAUCGACGACUUCAAGGAGGAGAUUUGCGCGGCACUGGAAGAGUACUCGAGAACGAUAGACUCUCUCAAACAGGAAAUGGACGAAUCGGCAUCUACGGCACAGAAUAUUAAACGGGACAUAGUGGCAUUGGAUCAGAGAUAUGCCAUUGUGGAACCCGGUGAGAGAUGUUGGGAGUGUAGACUGCCGCUGUUGAUGAGGCAAUUCUUCGUCUUUCCAUGUCAGCACGCUUUUCAUGCAGAUUGUUUGGGAGAGAAAGUCAUGAAGAUUGCUGGUAUGGGGAGGGGGAAACGAAUUCGAGAAUUGCAGAAAGAGAUUGGCAGAGGGGUUGCGCUUGGGAAGAGGAGAGAGGGCAUGGUCAGGGAAUUAGAUGGACUGGUCGCUGGCAGUUGCGUGCUCUGCAGCGAAUUGGCUGUCAAACAGAUUGAUGAGCCUUUCAUCACUGCCUCCGACGAUCCUCGAGAGUGGGCGAUAUGAUUAUGUACAUCUUGGAAGGAAGAUCAUAAUCAGAAUCUCGACAGCAAGACUCUCUGUCAGUGGUCACAGUGUCCAUCACUAGCCCCAAUAUCCCUGUUCAGCAUACGCUCUCGGACCCUGAAAGGCAUUGAAAUAUGGUGCUGGUCCUCGAGGUUGCUGCCUAUGCAAACCCAGAGGACCCGAACCAAACGUCGCGCCCGAUACCACCGUGUCCGGGUCCCUACUGGCCCGAGACGUUGCCGCUGCACUGCUUCUACCUGCCACGCUUCCUGGGAGUUGAGAAGCGCUGUCCUCUGGACGAAUGUCACCGUCGACACGAGAUGAUGCAUGACGACUGGGACGCGCACUGCCGGAAUGAGAUGUAUGGCGAGCACUUUCCGCGUGAGAUGCGCUUGCACCAUGACUACCUCCAGGACGACUUCCUGAAGGAAGGAAUGAGACGCUCGAUCCAUCACGUCCGGUUCUUAUGGAUGAGACUCCAUUGUGGGAGCUUUGGCGAAUACUGCCGGGACAUUGUGGGUUUUGGGGACUUCCUAGCAGGCUGAAGUCAGAGUCCCCAUGACGGGAAGUAGGAUACAUUGGUGGCAUCUGGAACUGCUGCUGCUGUGGAUGUCCAUUUCCAGGCAUGAUAUAUGCGAAGGGUCCAUUACCAGGCAUGAUGUAUGUGAAUGGUCCAUUUGACGGCCAGCAUACAUUUGAUGGAAGAGUGCCCCAUGGAUUAGAUCCGUCCAUCCACCAUGGCUUCGAUGCAUCGUUCAUACCUCAUGGAUCCGACAUGAUGUUUUCGAAUUGCCCUGCUUCGUGUUUUUGUUGUUUAUUGUUCACUGAGAAUCAAGUAGAAGUGAGAGUGUAUGAUCCAGCGUAUUGUAGCAUGCUUGUCAUGGCACCUGAGAAAAUAAUUACUUAUACC